GCCUUCUAGACUCUUUCUUACCUCUUUCUUACAUACACUGUGAUACACAUUUACCUGCUUCCUGUUGGUUAUCGAAUCAAUAAAAUCUGAGUUGACAUGAUGAAGAGGAGAAGAUAUGCCAAUUCCCGACAAAAGGCAUGCCAGAAUUGUUCGACUACCAAGGCUAAAUGUGACCAGAAAGCCAGAGGCUGUACCAGGUGUUCCCUAAGAGGCCUGUCUUGCACAUAUCCACAAACAAGCCCGCAAACGCAAUCGCCGAGACAUUCUACCCAUGACGCGAGCAACGAUGAAGAGUCAGGUUGGUAUAGUCCCUUGGCUAUAGGUAACACACUUUCCGCACCUGAGAGCUUGCUCACCAGUCCUGGAUGCGAGUCGUCUACCAAAACAGACGCCUUAGAUUCAGUUAAUGAAGCACAGCAUUCCACGGCUAGAAAUUACCAAAAACCCAUCCCCUCUACUCCCUGCAGUAGCAAUAUGCCCGCGGAUGCAUACGGGAAUCGAAGUACUAUAAACUACCCUCCCGAUAUUCCGGAUAUUCUUGAUUUUUCACAGCUAGAGUUACUUAGUCCUAUCAAUGUAGACGACAUAAGCAAUCGUUGGCUAAACUCCUAUAUCCCUGUGCCUGGUCAAAAGAUUAAAGAGUAUCCUGCUACUAUCACGGCCUUUAUAUACAGGAUUCUUAAGUCGUAUGCAUCUGUCACGGUUCGUGGCCGUGGUGUUCCACCAUUCGUACACUCCCUGCAAACAACAGCGAGAUCUACGAGGCCACCGCUUUCGACUUGUCUGAGUCUGGUUCGGAUUUGUGAUAACUCAUUGCCUGGCAGCGAGAACGUCGCCGUGGACGUGCUGCAAAGGGAGAUGACUAGCCUCUACGAGCAACACAAGACAUACGACGAUGUAACCUUACUAGCAGCGUUUCAAGCCUACCUGAUAUACUCCUUGGUGUUGUUCUUCAGGUUAAGCCAGGUUCCGCGUCUAUUCCUCCGACAAGCCAUGAUGAACCUUCAAGACCUUGCAUGCUCAAGUAGCCGCGGAGGACUCGUGUGCACAGCAGAGGAACAGCGGGCCAGGCCCAGAUGGGAAGCUUGGAUAGUUGCCGAGGCGAAGCGACGUACGUUGUUUACAAUGUACCUCUUCGACAGUGUACUUUUGGCACAGGACAAUCUCCAGACUUUUCUUGGCACGGAACUUCAGGGGUUACCCGCCUCCUCGACAAAGUCUCUCUGGGGUGCCCAAUCAAGAGACAAGUGGGAGUCUACAUACAAUGUGUAUCUUGCAGACUGGUCAAAACGAGGCUUGCGCAUUGACGAACUUUGGCCAAUUCCUCCCGAACUUGAUGAGUCUGGCAUUCUUGAAAGACGUAACAGAGUCGAUCAAUGGCUGGAGGAUGUUGACGAGUUCGGUAUCAUGUUGUAUACAGUAACUAGUUGUACGCAUGGUGGUUGACAUAUAUGCGAAAGAUCACCUGUGUCAGCCAGUUCUAAUUCCAAACCAGCUUGCCCCGGGCGAGCAUAAUCGGCACAAGUACAGACUAGCCAACAUUGCAAACUACCUGUGCUAGCAUGUCCAAAGCUUCUUUGAGGGAUAUUACUUUCAAGUUCAUCUUUGGCAAAAGACUGUC